ACUUGCCUUCUUUCUUUGCUUUCAUCAGCACCUUCCUCACUUCAAUUCCUCUCUGGUUCGGAACUGAAAUCUCAAAUUGUUCAAAACAAAUUAAACUUUAGUCUAGCUAUAACAAGAGUUAGAAUGGAUCAAAACCAGCAUGAUCGACUAGCACAAGAAGCACAAUAUCAAUCUAACCCCAUGAUGGCACCUACCAUACUUCCAACUCAGACAUAUGGUCAUUCUCUUUCAUCAUCAUACCCAAGACUACACCCAUAUGAUCCCCAAGCCAUGUACCAACUACGACAAGAACCCUUGCAACAACAACUAACCAACUUCUGGGCAAAAAAACGCCAGGAGAUUGAGGAGACCACUAGUUUCAAGACUCAUAGCUUGCCUUUGGCAAGGAUUAAGAAGAUUAUGAAGGGUGAGGAGGGUGUGAGGAUGGUAUCAGCUGAGGCUUCUGUGGUGUUUGCCAAGGCCUGUGAAAUGUUCAUGAUGGAGCUCACAAUAAGGGCUUCAGGUAGUGCUGAGGAGAACCAAAGGAAGAUAAUUAAGAAGUGUGACGUUGCAUCUGCAAUCUCAAGGACAGAUGUGUUUGAUUUUCUGGUUGAUAUUGUCUCAGGGCACAACAAAAUAAUGGAGCAACAAGGGUUUGUAGGCAUACCAAGAAUUGGCACUGCUCUAACUCCAACAGAGAAUGUUCCUUACUAUCAGAUGCCCCCUCAUCAAUCGCUUGUUCCGGGCCCUCCAUAUGGUUCUUCAGGAAUGGUUGUGGGAAUGCCUGUUCAUUAUCAAAAUCAUCCUGGGCUGCAAACUCCAACAAUGGGGCCCACCCCCAAUCCACAAAACUCUUCUCGUGAUUCGGAUUCCUGAACAAAUAAUAUCUACUUAGUGAAAACAAUGGUAAUUAAGGAUACAUAAGAUCUUCAGCUUUAAGUGAGACCUCUAUUUGUUUCUUUCUAAUUUUAUGUUAUAGCCAAUGUUGUGUUUCUAAUUUGAAUUGGAUAUCAAUGUUUGAAACUGUUUUCUUUGCCAAUAUCUAGGAUAACUUUCGGGAUGAUUUUAGUUAAAAGAUUAUGCAAAUUGUUUCUAUU